CUUCCCCGAACCGAGCAGUCAGUGCGUCGAAGCAGCUGUGGCGGACGGAGCGAGACUACCGGGGUACGGGCGCUGCGAUAACAGCCCACAGGCCCGCUUCCUCUCCUUAAUGUAGCUGGAAAUACCCGCGUCAAGUGGAUUUCAGUCUGCGAACCAACCAACCAGCCUAAAUUUCAACAACUAACACACGCAAGACCAUGGAAAGACUGACUUUAAUAAAUGGGAGAAGAGGACCUAAUAAUGGUAAUGAUACUGGCCAAAAUGAGAACACACAUGGAGGCGCAGAGGGAGACAGGGUGGGAGAACAAGAGGGCAGAAGAAGAGCACAGCUAGAAAGGGGGGAGACAGAUGGAGGUGAAGGGAUCCGUUGGAGAGGCAGAGGAGGAGGAGGAGGAGCAGCAGAUGCAGGAAGAGGUGGGAGACUGAGAGGAGGAGGGAGAGGGAGAGGUGGAAAUAGAGGAGAAGGUGCAGAUGAAAGAGAAGGAGCAAGAUGGGGGAUGGCAGAAAUUGGUGUAAGGAGAGGAGGAUAUAGUAUGGAUAGAAGAGGAGGUAGAGGGGGUGAGAGAAGAAAUGGUUCGAGAGACAGACAAGACUGGAAUGGAGGGAGAUCAGAUUCUACAGGCAGAGUUGGGGCACCACAGGGCCGUCGCCUGGGCUAUAAAACGCUAGAGGAACUCUCUGAAAAAGACCCGUCUGUGGUGGCCAUUACCCUCUCCUCUAACCCUGCCUUACAAGAGGUCCUGCGUGACACGAAAAUGAGGCAGGACCUGGUGGAACUCCUCUGCUUGGUGCUGAGUAAAGCCUUCAAAUCCCGGACAGACAGAGGCUCUCUGCAGCACUUGGCUGGGAUGAUAAAAGAUUCAGGCUUCUUCCACACCAUCCUGCCCCACUAUCUGGUGGGCAUGGUGUCAGAGUUCAACCCUCUCCGCAGGGCUCAGUAUCCUCAGCAUCUGGAAAACAUCCUGGCUAUUCUCUCAGAGGUGCUCAGUGUCUUCCCUGCUAGCUCCGUUCAGGCAGUGACUUUGCAACUGACGCUGAUCCAAGCCUCCAUUAACAGCCUGAGGGCAUCGGGAGUGGACAUCCAGCAUCAAAUGGAGGAGGCUUUGGAGGGUCUUCAGGGCCUAGUCCGGCACCUCCAGGAGAGAUCCAGGGAGGGAACCCUGCGCUCAGACAGGGACACCUAUGCACUCCUACCCAGCGGUGGCAAUAACCCAGGUGAAGAAGAGCAGGAAAAUUUCAGGACCAUACCCAUCUUCCCAACUCCUGAGGAGUUCCAGCAGGACCACAGGCCCUUCCUUAGACCCAACCUCACCUCGCAGCGCUACACGAACACCCACCUCUACCUUGACACGCACUUCCGGCUGUUGAGAGAGGACUUUGUGCGGCCGCUCCGUGAGGGGAUCCAGCAGUUGCUCCGGAACCAGAUGGACAUAGGAAGGACUGAUAACCCACUGAGGAAAAAACGCUUUGAUGAUAUCCUAGUAUAUUUUGACACACAACUGGUGGUGCCGAAGUGCACGCAGACUGGCCUUGCCUACAUAGUCCAGUUUGACAUUCAGCCACUUAAGUUUGUGCACUGGCAGAAUUCCAAGAGGCUGCUCUAUGGUUCCCUGGUCUGUCUGUCCUGUGAUAAUUUUGAGAGCUUCCUGUUUGCCACCGUGUCAGAUCGGGACCCCAAAGACCUGCAGAAGGGACAGGUCCAGAUUACCUUUACUGAAGAAAGCAGAUUCAAGUUGGCCAGCAUUCAGAAAGAUCAAUUGUUCCUCAUGGUGGAGACCACAGCCUACUUUGAGGCCUAUCGGUAUGUCCUAGAGGGCCUACAGGACCAGCAGGAGGACAACCUGCCCUUCCAGAGGUACAUUGUGGAGUGCAGCACAGAUGUGCAACCCCCAGCUUAUCUCCAAAGAGGAGAUAUGUAUAACCUGUCAUCUAUUGCUGAACCUGACUAUAAGGAAAGCAUGCAGCCCUUUCACAGCCUGGAGGCAGAGGCCUGGCCGAGAAUGGAGGAGUUGGGGCUGGAUGAGUCUCAGAUGAAAGCCUUGAAGCUGGCCCUCACGAAGGAGCUGGCCAUCAUACAGGGACCUCCUGGCACCGGAAAAACCUACGUUGGUCUUAAGAUUGCGCAGGCUCUGUUGACCAAUCAGGAUCUUUGGGGAGAUGAAUCUGGCAAUUGUCCAAUACUGGUAGUGUGUUACACUAACCAUGCCCUGGAUCAGUUCCUUGAGGGUAUUCAUACAUUUCUGAAAGAGGGCAUUGUAAGAGUAGGAGGCCGCAGCAACAGUGAGAUCCUGAAGCGUUUCAGUCUAAGGGAGCUGACCCACGCACAUAACUUCAGAAGUACGCUGCCAUCUCACCUGCGUGUUGCAUAUAAUGAGAUUUACAAGCAGCUGUGUCAGGAGGAGAGGGAGAUCGAGAAUCAGAGUAUGAAGCUGGAGUGUUCUCUGAAAGGCAUCCUGCGUGAAAACUACUUACAGAAGUUCAUUUCAUACAGACAUUGGAGCAGUCUGCACCUACCACCUAUGCAGGAUGGUUUCGUGACCUGGAGUGACAAGAAGCCCAGUCUGAUUAUGGAUUGGUUGGGUUUGGGUUCCCCCAUCUUCCUGCAGAGGGAGACAGAGAACGCAAAUAGAAAUGAAGAUAUAGCAGCAGAGGAAGCGAUGGAGUUGGAUGAAGAGGACCUCAUUGAAAUAGCAGAGGAGGCAGAUCUGAUCCAGGCAGAGCGGAUUAUUGAAGACGACAUUGGUCCCCGAGGUGGUAGAGAUGGCAGAAAGAGGGGAAACACGGAGAGGGCUGUCAGAGUAGUGGAAGGAUUGAUGCUGGCUAUGAACCUGGAUAAAGCUGAAACCGAGGCUGAGCAGAGCGAGGAAGGAUGGGAGAUACAACGGGACCAGAAGAAAAAGAUGAAGAACAAAAUCAGAAAAGAGCUGGGGAAGAGUUCAGCUAUGACUGAAGAAGAAGCAGAUAGCAUUUUUGAUGUUUGGACCCUCAGUCGGCCAGACAGAUGGAGGCUCUAUCGGUUGUGGGUGGCACACUACAGGGCAGAGCUUCGCAACAAAGCCCUAGAGUCUGAGCAGGCCUAUCAGAAAGCGGUGGACAGAUUGACUGAUGUAAAACGACGUGAGAGCCUCUGUCUCCUCAAGGAAGCCACGGUUAUUGGCAUGACAACAACAGGGGCAGCGAAGUUCCGUACAGCUCUGCAGGAAGUGCGUCCACGUCUGGUGAUUGUAGAAGAGGCUGCAGAGGUUCUCGAGGCCCACACCAUCACUACACUGAGCCAAGCAUGCCAACACCUCAUCCUCAUCGGAGACCACCAGCAGCUGCACCCCAGUGCCACCGUAUAUGAACUUGCUAAGAACUUCAACCUGGAUAUGUCCAUGUUUGAAAGGCUGGUGAAGAUGGGACUUCCUUUUGUCAGGCUCAACUACCAGCAUCGUAUGAGGCCAGAAAUUGCCCGUCUUCUGACCCCACACAUCUACACAGAGCUGGAAAACCAUCCCUCUGUGUUUGACUAUGACAACGUCAUGGGCCUUAAUACCAAUUUAUUCUUUGUGGAGCACAACCACCCAGAAGAAGAGAUCAAAGAUGGGAGAAGCCAUCAGAACCAGCAUGAGGCCAUGUUUGUAGUCGCUCUCUGCCGCUAUCUUCUCUUUCAGGGCUACAAACCAGAGCAAAUUACCAUCCUUACGACCUAUACUGGCCAGCUCUACUGUCUGCGUAAACUUAUGCCUGCCAGCCAGUUCUCUGGGGUCAAAGUGCAUGUAGUAGACAAGUACCAGGGAGAAGAGAAUGACAUUGUUUUGUUGUCUCUGGUCCGCAGCAACAUGCAGGGUAAAGUUGGCUUUUUGAACAUCCCCAAUCGCGUCUGUGUAGCCUUGUCACGUGCCAAGAAAGGUCUCUACUGUGUGGGCAACAGUGCAUUACUGGGCCAAAUCAAACUGUGGAGCAACAUCUUACACACUUUGAGGGAGAACAACCAGGCUGGGAAGGCUCUGACCCUGUGCUGUCAGAAUCAUCCAAAUCGACAGAUAAAAGCGUCUUGUGCUGAAGACUUCAAACAAGCCCCUGAGGGUGGCUGCACUCAGCCCUGCCAGUUCCGUUUGGAUUGUGGCCAUGUUUGCUCAAGAGUCUGCCACCCCUACGACCCUGAGCACAAAGAGUACAAGUGUGGCAAGGAGUGCCAUAAGAUUUUAUGUGAUCAGGGACACAGGUGCACACUUGUGUGCCAUAGAGCAUGCCCAAAGAAAUGUCCAGUGAAGGUUGAGAAGAUCAUACCGAAGUGUCAACACACACAGAUGGUUCCUUGCCACCAGGACCCAAAUACAUUUGCAUGCCAGGAGCCUUGCCAGAAAGUUCUCAGGUGUGGACAUCCAUGUGAUUCAAUCUGCGGGGAACCAUGCAUAAGUAAGUGCAAGGUGAAGGUCACUUUAGAGCUAAAGUGCGGCCAUGUCCAGCAAGAUGCUUGCUUUUACAAAACAAAGAUAGAGGAACUUGAAUGUAAGACCCCAUGUGAUCAUCAGCUAAAAUGCGGCCAUACCUGUCACGGCGACUGUGGGAAGUGUUAUCAGGGACGCUUCCAUUUCCCAUGUUUUCACCAGUGUGAGCGUCUCCUAAUUUGCUCUCACAAGUGCAGGGAGCCUUGCACUCGUGAUUGCCCCCCCUGUCAGAGACCAUGUGAGAAUUGCUGCAUCCACAGUAGAUGUAUGAAGCCAUGUGGGCAGCCCUGUGCUCCAUGCAUUGAGCCCUGCGCCUGGCAGUGCCCUCACCAAAGAUGCAGUAAGCUUUGCCAUGAGUCAUGCGAUCGUCCACCAUGCAUCCAACCUUGUGCCAAGAUCCUGGAUUGCGGCCACCCGUGCAUAGGUCUGUGUGGAGACAAAUGUCCAAGCAAAUGUCGCAUUUGUAAUCACAAUGAGGUCACAGAGAUUUUCUUUGGAACUGAGGAUGACCCUGAGGCUCACUUUAUUCAGCUAGAGGACUGUGGACAUAUAAUUGAAUUCACAGCCAUGGAUAAGUACAUGGGGAUGGAUGAAAAUCAGCAGGCAAAUGAAGAAGAUGUGGCCAUAACACUAAAGGAAUGUCCCAAGUGUCGAACUCCAAUCCGCAAGAAUCUACGCUAUGGAUCUCACAUCAAUCGCAGGCUGGCCGAGAUAGAGAUGGUAAAGGUGAAGAUAAAUGGACAUCAGGCAGAUUUUGAAAAGCACAGGAAGGCUCUUCAAGAAAAGUGGAAGGAAAACAUUGACAUGUUUGAAAUGCAUCAGCAAGACGAAUAUUUGCAAAUCAAUGACAAACUGGAACAGCGCUAUCUCACGGCAAACGACCUGUGGAUCCUGGAAAACAAGAUGGAUUUCCUGAUAAGAGUUGCAAAGCUACUAAAGAUUAAAAGAGAAGACAUGACAUUCUUGCGAGGCUACAAGUUUAAGAGGAAUGUUGCAGAGUUUGUGCUCUGGCUCAAUAACCAAUACCAAAAAUUCACGGACCAGCAGGUCUUUGAUUUGCAGAGACAGUUACGGAGACUCACCUUCCUCGCUGAACUCAACGUCCGUUGUCAUAAGGCAGACAAGAGAGGUGAAAGUGAUGUAAUUCAGUCCGAGGUAAACACAAUAAAAGAAAUUUUGGAAAAGUCUGGCCAAUUCACUGAGCAGGAUGAACAAAGAGUGAAAGAAACCAUGAAUGAGCUGAACCAAAAGUUUCCACUCACAGGUUUGGGGAUCAGUGAGGAGGAGAGAGAGAUGAUCAUCUCAGCUAUGAAAAUGCCUCCUGGACACUGGCACAAAUGUCCUAAUGGCCAUGUCUAUCUUAUAACAGAGUGUGGAGGGGCUAUGGAGAGUCGACAGUGCCCUGAUUGUGAUGCUACCAUUGGUGGGGGCAGUCACAGACUGGCAAGUGGCAACGAAGUCGCCUCAGAGAUGGAUGGGGCACAGCAUCCCGCUUGGUCUGAAGGCAACAACCUUCUAAAUUUUGAUCAACUUGACCUCUGAAAGCCAUUUGUGGCAGUAGUUGCCAUUUCAACCCAAACUAUUGGCUGCAGAACCUAUGAAAGGCAACCGAUUAUGUUUUACUGUAAUAACCACUUUAAUUCAUGCUGGGCAAGGAGAGAUCGCCACAAACGUUACUGUACUCAGUGUAAUUAAAGGGAGAUAAUGUAGCUGUCUAUUACACUUUUAGGCAAUCAAGUCACUCUGCUUGAGAAAAUAAUUUUCUUGCAUGAAACUGACUUUUGAAAGUAAUAGCAAUACUCAUUGAUACUUUCACAUCAACAGAUAUCCACUUUGCCACUUUCUAUCAUAAAUUUAUGUCACACUGUUGUGACUUUUAGUUAAUUGACGUUUUAAUAUUUGGUAUUCCAGGCUUAGUGUAUAGUAUUUUUUUUUUUUUUUUUUAAUGCUUUGCUGCAGAAAUCAUGUAUUGAGGAUCUGCAACAAGUCACAGAGUAAGUGACGGAUGAAAGCUUCUAAUGCUAAACUUACUAAAUGAUUUGUCAAGUAUUAACUGUAACUCUGAUAUGUUCAAGACUCAUUGUGUAAAUAAUAGUUGUCUUGUACCUUAACAAUAGAUGGCAGUAAAACACUGUAAAAGAAUACACAGAGAAAUGACUUGAUUUUUCAUCAUGCUUGCAACCUGCUCAUAUGCAAUUAAAAACA